GCUCUCUGUUUGACAGCUCCUAAAUUGUCACACAUAUUUCACACCGCAUCGCAUUUGCUGCAUCGAUUCUAUUUUGCUGUAAUUAAAAUUGUGAAAUUCUUAGUUCUCAAGCUAAUAAUCUAAAUGAAUCUAAGUCCAAAGCGAUUAUUCACAGCAAUAAAACCGAAUAGUUAUUUACAAUUAGAUUGACAGUCGAAACUUUUCUAAAAAAUCUCGCAAAAACUCGAUUUUAGGACGAUUAAAUCACAUUUGCACAAGAAAACCAUGUCGUCCAACAAUUGGAUGACCGUAAUGGAUAAGAUGCUUCAUGGAAUUUCAAAGGAAGCCACAUCAUCGUUGCGAGACAUUAAAAAGUGCUUUGAUCAGGAGGGUCGCAUCUUCGAUGGAAAAUUCAAGAAGUACUUUUUCCAAGUUUCAAUGAACAAUUUGUCUGGGGUCUACUCUAACUUCGAAAUGGAGCUAAUGUUGAACACAUCUCAUACUGAAAAUAUUGUGACCGAUAAUGAAAUGAAUCCGAAAACCACUGAUACUUCUACGCUCCACAUGGAUCGAAUAGCUGGGAGUUCCAAUCGAUCGACAUCCGAAGAAAAUAGCAUUCAUGCGGUUGUGGUAAAGUCAGAAGGGAAUGAAGCAUCAGCCGAUAACAUGAUUCUGAUUCUCGACUCAUCGGACGAUGAGGAAAAUUCACGUGAACACCCACUGAUUAGCACAAGUCAGAAGGUGAUCGCCGGCGGAAAAGCUGCUUCAGCAAAUGACGUUAUCAUGGGAAGGGAAUAUGGUGCAAUGACACCAAUGAAUCAGAACCAAAAUGAUAACAAGAGCAAUGAUGAAACUGCGUCUAAUAAUAAGAAAGAUGAUCAGACUGAGGUGAAAAAAGAAGCCAGUGAACCAAACAAGAAGGAAACAAAUGAUGACGAUGACAUUCCUUUGGUUCUCGUUCAAAUUGGUCGACCAAUUCCAAUGAAACCGAGUGAUGAUCUGCUGGAUGUGCAUCCAAACGGUAAAAUACAGGCUGGUGGAGUAAGCCACAAUGAAAACGAUGCAGCGGCUAUCGAACGUGCCAGCGCAAGCGUGCAAGACACCAAUUCUCAUACGGUCGACGACACCCUCAAAAAUUCAAUAAUAGCCAAGAAGACAAUCCAAACGAAUGUCAAGGCCAAGGCUGUAGUUUCAGUGGAGAUGUCCUCAAAGGUAGCAAAGAGACACAAGUGCCGAUUCUGUGAAUAUUCGAGCAACAAAUGCUCACAAGUAAAAAGUCAUGAACGAAUUCACACUGGCGAGAAGCCACAUCGAUGCAGACGUUGCAACAAAGGCUUCGUACAAAUAACACACCUUAAGCACCACGCCAAAGUUCAUGCUAAAGAAUUUGCCUUCCAUUGCCUUGGUUGCUUUGAAGGAUUUUCACAGAAGAUCGAAUACGAUGCUCAUGUCAAAGUGUGCAAAACACCACGAUACGAAUGUAAUAUUUGCAAGAAGAAUUCGUUUGUGCACAAAGGUCAUUUGAAAGAGCAUAUGCGAAGGCACAGCGGAGAAAAACCGUUCCGUUGUGAAGUCUGUUUGAAGCGUUUUUCCAAAAGAAGUAAUUUGAAUGUACAUUUAAAUAACAUUCACAAUCGAAUUCGCCAUUAAUUUUCAAUGCAUUUUCCAAAUAUCUCGUUCAAUAAUUCAACUUCGAAUGUCAUUCGAACAACAUACAAAAUAUUAUCAAUGCUUGAAAUCGUAUUCAAUAUCGAUGGUCACAUUCAUCAAUCAUAAUUGUCAUUCUUUAAAAAAAAUUCAAUUAAAAACCGUAUCUAAAACCAUAUUCAUAUUUAAUAAGUGGACCAUUUAGAUAACACAGCUACGUAUUUAGAGCUCUACUCGAUUUGUUUAUACAACAAAAUAUGUCAUUCAUGGACCUACCCCUGUUGAUUAUGACAGUCUAAAAUUCAAAACAUCAUUAGAAACUAUCACGAAAAUGUAGGCAAUUAUUCUCAUUUCAUUUAAAGCAAAACGAUUUAAAUCAUUAGUAGUUCAAAAUUAAACUACCUUCGAUUUCAUCAAUAAAAAAAAUAUAUUUUUCAGACAUUUUAUUCGAAAUAAAAAAAUAGUAGAAAA